AUGCUUCCCAAGAGCGAUGCAACUAUUCCACCGCCGUCAGGACUCAGCCCCAAACCGCCGCUGCGCCCGAGGCCAUUGACAGAGGUUUUCUGGAAGGCUACUGUGUCUCCGUCGCCGAGAUAUGCCUUUGCGACAAUAUUAACGGCUGAGGGGGAUGUUGAAUUCCCAGAUGUCGAAGAGCCUUAUUUCCGAGCUGUCAGACUUCUUACCUACCAGCUUCUCCACAACCCUCGAACCCAUAACGUCAGUCACGAGACUCCAUUCUUGGUCCUCGUCACGCCAGAUGUUCCAGAGGGACACCGACAGGUCUUGAUAAACGACGGACCCACCGUGUUGCCCGUUGAAUCACUCGGACGCGACUGGAUCCACCCAAAAUGGGGCCGCUGGAGCGACGUGCUCGCCAAGCUGAAUCUAUGGAGACUGGAGGAAUACGACAAAAUUACAUUCCUGGACGCCGAUUUUCUUAUCCUCAGUCCAAUUGAUGAGAUCUUCGAACAACCCACAACCGAGAUUCGCCCAACAGUAAUGCCGUACCCAGAUGAAACCAUCAACUGCACCAUUGUCGAUAGGUUGCCCUCGGAGUACAUGAAUGUCGGCAUUCACGAUGCCUGGAUGGAACAGUUCAUGCCACCACCCGAUGACUUGGUCUUCUACCAGAAAGGCAGCUACAUGAAUGCCGGGUUCUUCGUUCUCCACCCAUCAAAGGCUGUCUUUGACUACUACAAUGCCCUUCUCAAUGUACCCGAUCAGUUCGACUCCGCGUACCGCGAGCAAAAUCUCCUCAACUGCGCACACCGGACGGAUGGCCCAAUGCCAUGGCACUUUCCCUGCACAUCUAGAUAA